CAGCUGAAAUGUUGAAUUUAUUAUUAUUUUUUAUCCUUCUAUCCGCGGUUACCAAUAUUUCGACCGCACAAGAUGAUGGAACCUUAUGUGACAAACCACCAAAAAUCACUCCCAACGUUACCUGUUGUGAUAAUCCAGCCCUUUUUGAUGGAGUACAAAUAGACGAAUGCUACCCGCGGGACUCCAAAGACAGCAUUGAGGAGUUGAAUUGUAAAGGGAUACUCUGUCUGUUCGAAAAGUUCAAAUUUAAAAAAACAGAUGGCUCCCUUGACAAAACCGUCAUCGAGCAGUUUUUUGACAACACGCUGAAGGGAAAACCGGAAUGGCUUGACGUCGUGAAAAACAAAGCAAUCGGACAGUGUUUCGGCAUGGUAGAGGACAAUUACGCGAAAAUGGAAGAACUGCUAAAGACACUGAAAAUGCCAUCGCAGUGUGCGGCGAAACCGAUGAUCAUGUCGAUUUGCAUUUCGGCCAAAAUAACAGCGUUUUGUCCGGAUAAAUUCUCCUCCCAAGAUGAAACCUGUAAGAAGCAGAAAAUAUUCAACGAAAAAUGCAUCAAUACACCGGAAAAACUAGUUCAAGCAAUUUCUUAUUCAGAUUGA